AAACUCAUGCUGCGAAUGGAAUAAUGCAUUAUUGAUCGCGAAGGAGAAUAAACGGGCACGACAGCUGCAGUCGGGAUCUAAAUUCGUUAAAGCAAAUCAAUGAUCUAGCCUCUGGUACCGAUGAUUAAUUUGCCCUGUAACGCGGCCUCGAUGUCACAGGUCACGCCCUGUCAGAACGUACCCGUGCAGACGAGUCAGUAUAAUUUUCCAACAUGUCAACAACGGCAAACCAGCACUCAGCAGAUGCAAACUGCAUGCGGUCCAUAUUCCAGAACUUCUCAAGAAAGACCGUUCACACACGUCUGCCAGCCGGAUACUUACAUAAUGACACACCAAUGUACGCCAAGCGCGUCGCAGCCAAUAACGAAUCCGUGUCGUCCCGUUUUCCAAACCGGUCUACCACCGACUUAUCCCGGCUGCGGCCAGCUGCCACAGAAUAUCCUGGACCAAAUUCGUGCGUGCGUCAACAGUGCCGCGCCUAUCUUCAUCCUGCCCGGCACCUGCCAGCAAUCGCCGGCAUCCCAACAACAGCAACAACAGCAGCAACCGUCUAUGCCUCCUUUGAUACCUCAAAUAGCGCCCUUGCCCCCUCCAGUGGCAUAUCCGCCGAGCGGAUUAGCCUACCCCCCGGCUUGUUAUCCGCCACCCCCGUCGUUCUACCCCUAUCCCGUGCCUCUGCCGUUCUGCGAUUCUCCGUUCGCUCGCACACGCGAGGCCGCGCCGAGUUGCGGAUGCUGCCGAAAAGGAGAGACGGAUUCGACGGAGAUCAGAAACAUCUUGCGCGCCGGUUGCCGUUACGACGCCGCCGAGACGGACGAUCAUCGUUGCACGCCCACCCUCGACGAUGCCAUUUGUUCCAAGAGGAACUGCCCGUCCUCGCUGCAUCUGCAAGCGUUGGCGUCCCAAUUUCUAUCGAUGCAGGGCAUCAUACCGUGCGCUGCCACGCGACUGGUGCUACGCAAAGUACCGGGCUCGAACGUGACCACCACCAUGGAGGAUACGAUGUCGAGGGCGCAGAAGGCGAUAAGCGUCCUGACGAAGGAUCAGUUGCUGUCGGAAUCGAGGAACGCGCAGCAAGUGAACGCGCUGAUCAAUCUGCACAUGACGGCCAAUCCGCCGCCCAACAUCAUCCCGAUCCUCACGCUGGUGCAGCUGAAGAUGAAUCUACUGAAGGCGCAGGUCGAGGGGCUCGUCAAUCAGAAGAUAAUGGAGAUUCAGGGAGUUGGCGUGGAGGUGGAGACCGAUCUCAUAGAUCCCGCGGUCCUCGCCCUCAAGUCCGACGCCGAGCUGCGGGACUUCCUGACGGCGCUGCGGAAGAAGGAGUGCGACGAGCGAGUGAACGUGAACUUCGCGCCGUACCGGUCGCAACGCGCGAUCGCGGAGACCCGGCUGAGCAACGUCCAGACCAAGAUCCGUCAGGUGGAGGCGGAGUUCGAUCGCAGACGGUGCGCGAUACUGCCGGCGCCGACGUUGUCCUCGCGCGUCGUGCAACAAUUCGCCAGGCCGUGCUACACGGCGAGAUUCGAGGAUCCCAGGAAGUUGUACGGCACGCUGCCGCUGGAGACUCGUUCGCCCGAUCCAUUCGUAUGCGUAAAACCGCGAAGCCCCAAGAGGCUGCUGCUGAAGCCGUGCACGGGAACAAAGCCGGAAACGGCUACCACGCGACCGGUGGCUGCCCCAGCAGCCGGCAGGAAUCCCUCGAAAAAUACGGACGACGAGAAGGAGAAACGACCGGCGACUCCGCAGCGUUCCAAAGAGGAUUGCACCUGUUGCGACAGGACGACGUCGGAGGAGAGCAUCGACGAGGCUAAAAAAAAACUCCGACCGAGGAUCAUCGAGAUAGACGCGAUGACGGUCAGUAACAUCGAGGAGCUGGGACGUGAGACGUCAUCACUGAUGAAGCUAAUGUCGAGUGUCUGCGUGAGGAUCAGCGCGGAGGGAUACGAGGGAAAAUACGGGGAGAGGAAUGAGAUGUCGGUCGGCGGAGUUCCAUGCGAUGGAAAAUGUUGGAUGUUACCCAAGGCCUGCGUCAACAUCGAGAAUGAAUCGAUGAAGUCUUUAACGGAAUCUGAGAGCGACAUGGUGGUUACGCUCGGCGAGAAGAUCGAUGUGGAGGACGUUUGCAAAGCGCGAGAUGUAAUCGAGAUUCGUGGCUGCGGUCGACAUGAGUUCGAAAGUUCGGUGGACCUGCGGCAAUCUGAAGAACGAAUGGAAGUCGAAACGGCAAUUCCAAGGAAAGAUGCGAUGAUCAAAAAACGUGAUAUUGAGAUUAAAAAUUUGCAAGACGUCUCGCCGGAGUUGAAAUCUGAUCGAGAAGAGGCUACAACCGUUGCGAAAGUUCCAGCCUCGGGUGUGAGAGAAACGGAACGAACGUCACCGAGCGGUAUGUACGCUUCGCUAAGGACUAUAUUAAAAUCAAGAAAAGAAAAGAGCGAGGACGAACAGAAAGGUAAAAGCGACGAAAUCUUGGCAUCGUCCGCGGAUAUGACGGCGGAAAGCACAAGUCAAGCACCAGUGAAAAGUAAGAAGAAAACAAGAUUCCACAUUGUCUCAUUGAUGACGAAUAUCGUGCACGAUAAAAACCGGGAAUACGGAAGAGAACAAAAAAUCCAGAGGGAAAUAACAAGUGAAAGAGAGAUGAGUCUAACCACCGAUCCGGAUAUCGAAAAAUUAGAUAAUCACGAUACAAUCGAAAGUCUCCUAGGAAGUGCGGUCACGCGCGACAUUACUGGAAAAGAUCGCUCGGAAAACAUAUUUUCAAAGAGAUUGGAUCUUCCGAAGCUCCGUUUCGAUCAUCAAUGCCAAACCGCAUUCAAAGAAGAUAAAAAUACAGCCACGAACGAAUGGCUAUUAUCAAGAACGAAAAAUAUAUUUCCUCCGUUCAAAAAUUUGCAUAAACAUGUGACAGAUAACGAGAAAAACGAGGAUGGCGUAGGAACUUAUCCGAGUUCGAUAACGAGAGCAGAAAUUACGACUACAAAACGUUUAUCCCGCUGCAACAAUGUCACAGGAAGUACCUUAGGAUCUUUUUGUAAGAAUAACGUGCCUUAUCAUUUCAACGUGGAAGGAAGCUUAAUUUCGAAACUACUUUCUGUCAUUGGCACCCACGUGACUGCGUUUAUCAAUAAAAUAAUUUCUCUGAAUAGAAGAUUGUUACAUCCAAUUUGUUGUGCGAUAUUCGGUAAUAGUUUAAAUAUAAAUGCCUUCGGUGAAGACGUUUCGAUACGCGAUCGUCCCAAAUUGAUCUCAAAAGAUCAUGAUUCACUCGUUGAUUCACCCCUGCCCUGUUCUCUCGGCUUAAAUCAUAGAACUGCCAAAACCAGCGAACAUGAUAUUCGCAAUACAAACUUAUUACGAAUUUCCACGAAAGAAGGGUAUAAAAAAAUACGCAAGAUAAAACAUUCGAUAAUUGAAAAUAAAAAAACCAAGGUGAAAUAUUUAUUGAUCGGUACAUCGAAUCGUGACCUGAUAUCGACGCGUGAUUUGGGUCGACCUUACAAGAUCCAGAGAAGUCUCUUGAUACGUAGUCGAUUGAAAAAUUCUCUAAAUUCGCAAGAUUAUCCGUAUCCCUUUUCUCUUUUGAAACGUUCCGGGGAAAAUGCACUCGAGUCUCAAGCAAAACGUAACGAAAACACAAAAACGCUCAAAGAAAAGAAAAUACGCGAUCUGAGGACUAGCGAAAAAUUCUGGAUAUUAUCGAAAGCUGUAAAAACAAACGGAAGUAAAAUAUUAGAAAUGAGGGAAUAUGAUGAGUAUGAAGAACAAAUUUCAAGCGAACAUUUGCACGAUAAUGUUAAAAAUAAUAACGUAUCUACUAUGCAAGAUCAUAUAAUCAUUGGCAAUACUACAGCCAGUAAUGAACUCGUGAUAAACGUUCACGAUUAUCUCUGGGCUGCAAACUGAAAUAAAUACUGAAAUAAUACGAGAUAAUAUAUAUGAAGACCGUAGCGCACAUUUAUUGAUAUCUGAUAAUAAUUAUUAAAGGAUAUCAUGUGAUAUUAACUUAAUAAAUUAA